CCAAGAUUGGAAAUUGUCAUGUUUAAUCCAGAAAAGUUGAAGAGCAAAUACUACUUCCUCACGCUUGUAUUGACUAAACUUGUGAAUUUGGACACCUUAACAAUUUCAAGAGGUGAAACUGGUUUGGGAACAUCAGGUUUCCGUGCUCUUAUUAAAGGGCUUUCUAAUAAUCAAGCCAAAUUAGAGAAUUUGAUUUUAGACAGUUGUGAUAUUACAGCUAGUUGUGUUGAGAAUUAACAAAAGGAUCUCUGAGCUCUUGUAACUUGAAACGUAUUGCUCUAUGUGGAAAUCCACUGGGAGAUCAAGGAGCCAAUUACCUGUCCAAAUUCCUAAUGAGACAUGAAAAUGUUCCCCAUCUACGUGAGUUGGAUCUUUCUCGCUGUGGAAUUAGACAAAAUGGAGCUGAAUGUAUUGCUGAAGCUUUGCUAGUAAAGAGGGAAAUUACAUCCUUCAAAUUUAUUGGAAAUCCAUCAGAGCAAGGACUGUAUACCAUAUUGAAACACUUGGGAUACUCCUCAUGUAUUGCGGAGAUUGAUUUCAGUAUGACUAGUUCUAUUGUAGCCAAUGGUAAUUCUGAAAGUAUGGUCAAACUGUUGGAUCUUUCCACAACUCUCAAGAAGAUUAACUUGUGGAAAGCUAAUGGAUUCCACAUUCUCACCCAAGAAGUAUUCAACAGAAUUGGUAAAUCAAAGAGUUUGAAAGAUAUUGAUAUGGCCGAAACAAAAUUCAAAGAUAUUUCACUAUUUGCUUUCGCUUUGAAAGAUAACUACGUAUUGGAAACUUUGAAUCUAUCAAAUAAUGAUAUCAAACUCUCUGAGGUGUAUCAAUUAUAUUGUAGAUUACUUUUGUUACACUUUGAGAAUGCUAACAAAACGAGAGAAUUCUUGGAUGGACCUAAUGCUGCUGUCCCACCAAAGCUUGUCCAUUUACAAAAGCUAACUCUAUCUAAGAAUAAUUUAACUAAUCUAUUACAGUCAAAUAUCAAAGAGGCAAUUAGUAUUGGUCAAAUAAUGAAAAUGUGUACAAAUUUGAAUUAUUUGGAUUUAUCGGGAUGUAAAAUUGACAAAACUCAUAUGGAAGGAAUUGCAGCAGCUUUGGAUCCUAAAUUCAACCUUCCUCUCAAAACUCUCAAAUUGAAUAAUAAUGAGAUUGGCAAAACAGGUUUGAGACCACUUGCCUCUAUAAUGAAACUCAAUACUACCAUUGAAGAUUUGGACCUCUCUGGUAAUGAUUUGGGAGUUACAGGAAGUGUUUCAUUAGCUGAAAUCAUUACAAAUAACUCUUCCAUCAAGAAAUUGAACAUAUUCUCAUGUUUUGUUCAAAUUGAAGGAAUUGACAUUAUUUCCAAAGCAUUACAACAAAACACAUCAAUCACAGAUUUGGAUAUUGGUUUGAAUUCAGCCAAAGAAAGAGGAGCUCUUUCAAUUAUUGAAAUGCUCAAACAAAAUACCACUCUUAAGAGGCUUGGACUCAAAUUGAAUCAUUUAAGUGACAAGACAUGUACACAAAUUGCCAAUAUCAUUGCUAUUGAAAAUCCUAAAUCCGCAAUUCAAUAUUUAGCUCUUUCUGGUAAUUCUCUUUCAAUUUCAACAAGUUCCAAUAUUUCCAUAGUUCUAAACUCUGUAAAGGAUAGAGUAAUUGAGUUUGAUCUUACCAAAUUGGUUGAAGUGAAAGAUACAGAAAAACAAAAUAGAACUAUUUAUCUUUCACCACUUCCAAACUCAAUUACAAUUCAAGAUAUCAAGAAAUUCUUCUAUCAACACAAAUGUGGAGCUAUAUUGAAUGUCUACAUUCACAAACAUAAGACUCCCAAUAAGAAGACCAGACUCAACAAGUAUGCCUUUGUAGAGUUUGCUCAUCCAGACUCACUUCAAUUGGCCAUACGUUUGAGAUAUUCUAAUAGACCAGAAAAGAAAUCUCCAAAUGUUGUAAAGCUUUUGAAGAGAAUUCGUGGAAAUGAUGGUAAGAAAACUAAAGCAAAAUGGUAUGAAUCCAAGCUCAUCAUCACCAAAUCAGGCAAUCAACUUCACAAUGAAAGAGCCAAAAAGAAAAUCAAACAUUAAUCUGUUUUAAUCACCAAAUUCCCAA